AUGGCUUCGUUAGUGCGCCCCGCAGCCUGCAGCAGCAGCGGCAGCGGCAAAAGCAGCAGCAGCAGCAGUUGUAGCAAUACAACUGGCAUGAAGCGGACGCAGCAGCAGCAGCAGAGGCAGAGAGGCUGCAACAACACAUUGCAGCAGAAGCAACAGUACCACGAGCAGCAGCAGAAGAAGCAGGAUCACGGGCAGCAGCAGAAGCAGCAGAAGCAGCAAUAG